UUUUAAAAAAUAUAUUCCAAAAAUUUUCGUUAAAUUAGAAAUUAUUAGCAAAGAAAAGAAAUUUUUUUCUUGUGCACUGAAAGUAGAAUAAUGUCAAAGAGUGCCACCGAGCAAUUUCAAAUUAAAAAGAAACGAAAACACCACAAACAACUGCUGAAUUGUAAACUUAGUUGUAAACGUAGUGAAACAACUGCUCCCCACUUUGCUCCCUUAGCCAAUACGUUAAUCAAAGAGAAUUUGAAAAGAUUACCACAAGAAAACCUACGCUUUAAUCUAAAGCCAGCGAGUUGCACUUUGCCUGUCGUUAAUCAAAUCAGAAAUAUCAAAAAUUGUUUACGCGAUCAGACACAAGUGUUGCUUUGCAAAUCAAGGGACAGCAUCAUGCCACUGUCGCAGGGAUUUUAUGUUAAAGGUGCCAUAGCCAGUAAACGUGGGCUGAAAUCGAUGCGAUUAAAUAGCCCGAACACAGCAACAACUAUGGCCGCUAUAUCAUCGAUGCCAACGGUUGCUAAGAAGGCUCGCAGAGCAAGCGAGAAUAUGGGUGACCGUUGUGGGCAGAGCGCCGCAUCGCAAUUGACAAAUCAAUUCUUGCAAGGACAAACCACAAAUAAUUUACAGCUUUCUUACCUGUUGGGCGAAUCCUUGGCGCGUCAUGGUCGUUUGCAAGAGGCAUUUAAUUUGUAUGCGUUAAUUGCGAGCGAACAGCCGGAGGGUUUUAUACCCUUGGAAAAAUUGCAUGUAUUGGCUACAGCACUUAUCGAGUAUGUGCGUGCAUUGUGUUUAAAUUCCAGAAAAGCUGAGCACUCCGAAAUUGAAUUAAUGGAUCCUAUAACAGCGACCGUUACGCUUACAAAGACAACAAAUGAUCAUAAGUUAGGCAAUAACGGUUCAAAAAGCAAUAAGUCUUUAAAUCCUGGUCUGCUAACGCAAGGAUGGCAGAUUAUUGCCAGCAAUCUAACGACCCACAUGCCUGCAUUUGGCGGUACUGAAGAGGAAGAUACCGCUUAUAAUUUGCAUUCCCCGUUAAGAGAUCUCUCACGCGUUUCCAGUCCCUUUCUCAGUGAGGAAUAUGAUCCGCUAUUGUGCCCUUUGUGUCGAGACAUUUUACGCUCACCCGUCACCACCAAUUGUGGUCAUACAUUUUGUCGUCAAUGCUGUGAAACUAUUACCAUGUGUAACAUAUGCCACAUUAAAUUUUCCAAAUAUCAGCGAGAUGAUUGCGGAAAUGAAACAACGAUAUUGAAACAUUGCACUACCGCUACAGCUAUGACAACGGCCAGCACCAUGACCACUAGUACCAAUAAUAAUGGCGGUCAUGUAUCUUAUGUUUAUGCUCCUGGCUUUUUGGGUGCCACAUCUUUAACAAAUCCUUCAUUUCCAGUUGCCGGUAGUCCAGCCAACACCACUCAAUCACGCCUACGCUUAAGUGCGCCUGCAUCGCCUACAACGGUUACCACCACGACAGUAGCCUCAACAACAGAUACGCCUACCACAACAAUGGCUUCAACGGCCAGAGCAAAUGGUAUGGUCAGUACCGCAACCACUUCUAAUGAAAGCAUGAAAUUUAUGCCUGAUGUGCUUGUACGACGUUUAGUAGAGAAAUGGUGGGGUUCAGAUUUGCAGGCUAAAAAAAUUAACGAAACCGCAGCCAGUUACAUGCAUUUGAAUUUAUUGGACGAUGCUUUGAAAUUUUGCAACGCCAGUCUCGAGAAAUGUAAGUAAAUCUAAAGUCAUUUUUUAUUAAAAAAAAAAAAAAAUUUAAAUGCCCGGCAAUGUUAAGGAUAUUAAACCCGUUCUAUAAGCACAUCGAAUUUUGCUAAAUUUGAGUUUGAUUUAAUCGCAGCUUACUAAACCCAAAUUAAACGUUAAGCGAGUUAAGCAACAAAACGUUUUUAAUCCUCUACGCAAAGAAUAUCAAGUAUCUCUGGUCUCGUCUAUCCCCACGUAUCUCCUGUUUAAAACACGAACUCAAUUUCUCCUCCACUGCUACCGAGGUCUUCUCAGUUUUUCUGCUUUUGUUUUAUGUCACAGCUUAUCGUUUAAGUAUUAAUCGAUGCGCAUAAUUUGCGCAACACUCUUUUCUCUCUCAUAAUUUAUACUAAAUCACGGCAUCUUCCAGCUUAAUUUGCAAUUUCUUUUAAUUGUUUCGAUAAAUAAACUGUUAAAGGCCUUGUGGAAAAUUCGACUUGGUCGUGCAUUCAUCAAUUGAAUCAAGAAAAAAAAAUGUAUAGCAAUUUUUUUUCAUCAAAAACAGUUAAAUCAAGCACCUUUUGAGAUCAAGUUUACACUACCAAACGAGUCCUGUAGCGAACGAACUCAAGUGAUUAAAAGUGUCUCUGGCCUGCCAUUGGCAGACUAUGGACGAUGACCUUGCUAUUGAUUGGUGACAGUCGAGAAUCCCUCUCCAUCUGGCGCCAAUGCAGGCUUUAUGGCCCCUUGUGCAGCGUCGCUUAUUUUUGGCCACGAUUUUUAGCGCACGGUGUUGCCUACUAUCACGAUUUCGUUGCGUUAUUCUGUGCAUUUAAUUUUUGAUAUCAUAAAAAUAUUGAGCUUCUUCUUAUCUUACUUCAAAAUGUAUUUUCUGGUCAAAGAUUAGCUUGAAAUGUGACAGCCUUCCUCAGUUCUUUGAAGAAUUUCACGAACAAAAACCAACCAACAUUUUUCACACAUGCCGUGGUACGGCUUCAUGCGGUAAGUGUCGUCACAGUUACGUAGCUCUAAAGUCAUCCGUUAAGGAAAGCGCUGGGAAAUUCUUCGUUGGAUUACUGAUUUAAGACCAGCGGAUGAAGCGGUUAUAUGCGAAAAUGUUGCUAAUGAUUAUGCGCAGUCCUUAGAUACCUUCCGUCUCUCAAAGCAUUUUCUAGCUAUUUUUAUGCAAAAAUUUUCGUCGCCGAGCAAAUAGAAAAUCUUGUCAAAUUGAAGACCGUUGUCGAACGAUAAUGACAUGUCAGCAACGUGAAACUCAAGCCUUACGCAUCGCAAUGUUAAUUUUAUUAAGAUGGCCUCAGUGACUUUGUUACGAAGCGAACUUGCCGUACUUGCUCAAUUUGGCAAUCUGCACAAGGAAUACAAGAUGUUGGGGAAGUGCGUGGCUUUCAUGAAUUGCUUCUCAAAAUGUGAUGGGCUUAGAGAGACAGCAAGGGAAUCUAUUAACCUUCUAGCAUAGCGAGCAUAGCGAGAGGGAUCGUUUUGAUAAUUCACAGUUUCAUAGGGUUUAAGAGCAAAUUUCCGCUUAUCGGGAAAAAAACUAUGGCUUUUGUGUACAUCGACUAUGUUUUUAAGUCACAAGCAAAUCUUCAAUCACAACUGCAGAAAUAUUUAUGAAUGAAUUUAUGUUUUUUUUUUUUUGGAUGACGUUCGACGUUUACGAUAAGCAGGCCUAUUGAAACGCUCAAAUUCAUUAAAAUGCCAAAUUAUUCUCGUAAAAGAACAACACUAACAGCUACAUAUAUAGUUUAAAUGAUGGCUAUAAAAUAAUUCGCUUAGGCUUGUACAUGCCUAACUUCUCUGAUGCUAAUAUGAAAACUUAACUAUGUCGAGAAGAUAGAAAAAUCUCAAGUUACUUCUUUUUUUUUUCUUCUCACUUCAACGUCUAAUUGAAUGUCUUGAUUGAUGAGGAAGCCUUUUGCCACUGAUCAAAUUUCUGUAAUGACUUUGCUCUGCUAUAGUAAUUAAUGGCAUAUGUUUCAUAAGAUGACCAUAUGCUUGUCUUUCCCUCUUCCCUCUAUCAACUUUUUCUAUAAAAUUUAUUGCAUUUUUUUUUUAUUUUUUUAAUGAAGUUACAAGUUCCGUUACCCAUUUGUAAGUACAUACCCUGCAUUUUUAUCAUACCAUAUAAGAUGUUUGAAUAUGCUGACGUCAUGACGAUGACAUCAAAUAAUAGGAAACACUGUGUACUUAAUAAUGUGUUGUUUCAUGUUGUUAAUGCAACAAGUUUGGGGAAAAAAGCGUACGCUAACUGAAAAGAAAAAAGAAAAAAAAACCAAAUUUUUUAUUUAUGAAAAUGUGUAUGAACAGUUUUAUUACUAUGUAACAUAGGAGGGCAUGACAUUCUCUGGCCUUGCUUGUGUGUACCGACAUGUAAACAAACCAAGAGACAGAGAGUAAGAGACAUAAAGGAAUGUGUAAGCAUAUGUAAGCAACAAUGGCUGUAGUAUUCGGUUACGUCCCCAGGCUUUUUGGGGCUAACAUGAAAGAAUUUUAAAUAUGAUGCGACAAUAGUGUCACGUAGCAAGACGAAGUGACAGAGAGGAAAAGUAUCGGGGGCUGAGCAAUAACUUGAAAAUACUGCAUAACGUAAACACACCACAGUGAGCCUAUAUAUGUUUAUACUAAACAAAAAAAAUCUUACCAGUUGCCGUUUAGCUAGAGCACACAACAACACAACCACAAACAUAUAUCAAUAUAUGCAUACAUAUCAUGUCCAUACUGUUUAUUAUCAUCUAAAGUUCCUUGAGUAUUAUGUGUUAUGCUAUAAAUUUUUAAACACAAUACAUGUAUAUAUAUAUAUAUAUAUAUAUAUAUAUAUGUUUUCGUCUUAUUACUCAUAAAUUUCUUUAGCUAGUACGUAUUUAUAUGGGUCAAGGAUGUUGUGAGUAUUGUCUUGCAUGAUUUUGUCUCUUGUUAUACUUGCUGUCGAACGAUGACGGUAUAAUAAAGUCGUUACUUCGCUUGUAACAAUGAGAAAAACUCUUCAAAUAUUAUAAAUUUAUAGCGAACGGUCAUCAUAAGGAUAGCUAAUGAUUAACUACAAAACACCAGUUGUCGAAAAUUGUGAGCACAUUAUAUAUGCAUAUAUAUAUAUAUAUGAAAUUCGAGCCGUAUUUAGGAUUCGUUACCGAUAGUAUAUAAUUUUUUCAUUCGAUCUUUUUUGUCUUCUUCUGCUUACAAAGAACUAUUACCACUUAUUCGUUUGCUGUUUAAAAAUUUAAACAAAAAAAUCUAAUUUUUACUUUUAUACACAUAUUGAUUUUCUGAUUUCAACUUUUAGGCAAACGCUUAUUUGAGUGAAAAUAAAACGAAAUUACAUUAAAGUGAAGCAAACAUUUUAGUCGUUAACAACAAAUUGUCAUGCGUGUCAAAAUAUUUGACAGCCUUUCAGUCAUGCCUUCAGUUUUAUGUGUAUUUAAAUAUUCAUAACGAAAUUUUUAUUUAUUUGUACUUACAACACUCAUGUGACAACAUCACUUGUUUACAUUUAACGUGUAGACACAACUGAUGGGACUAAUCAUUAGCUAACAAUUGAAUGAAGCGAGAGAGUAUCAGUUACAAAUAAAAUUGAAAAAUUAAAGACAACAUU